CCAUGCGGUGUCCAGAGUUCAGUCAGUGAGAGGAAGCGUUCAAUGUGCUUAGGGCUGUUUUACGUGCAGAAAAUACUAAAUAACGACAGUGCGCAUAUAUUCAAGAAAAUCACCAUUUUUUCUGACUACUACAGAGAGACUUGCGCCAGAAUGCGGGGUUGUUGCUGACCACCUCCUCAGCAGCUGUCUCUCUUUUUCUGUGUGUGGACUUUGACGGGUGGGGGGGUGUACGGCGGACAAGGACAAAAUGCCACAACGGGAAUCAGUCACUCAGCGCUGUUUCGGACGGGUUGAAAAAAAAACACUGAUCGCCUUUUAAAAUAUCCACUUUGGAUCUACCUUUCUACACAUCUGGAUUUUUUCCCCCCCUCUCCACAUAGAGUAUUUCUUAGAACAGUUUUCCUUCCUGAAGAACGGUGACUCACUGCAGGCAGAAGGCGAGCCGCUGCAUCCUAAUCAGACAGCGGAGAGGACUUCAGCUCAUUGACAUUACAGUCAUACUUUUCUGGAGCACUUUUUUUUAUUUCCACUGCGCUGCACUGUAGCCUGCGUGUGCAUCGGAGGCUUGUGGCGUUUUUCCUGCACAGAGAAGGGAGAGAGGAUACGGGUGGUACCUACUGAAGUGGCUUGGGGAUGAAAGUCUCCCUGAACCCUGCUGGAACUGACUGUUUUGAAUUUCACAGUUAUGUUUUUUGGACUAUUGCAGCAGUUUCUUUUGGUUGUAUGAGUGAACACUUACAAUGACUAUUCUGUUUGGAGACUGGAUUGCGAUUAUUGCUCAGAUGAGUCUGGGCGCUCAGCUGAAUAUAAAUUAGGUGUUCGGCACUACAGAUUGCUGGAAGAGGCAGAGGAAGAGAGAGACAAUCCACAAAGACAAAUGCCAAGGCCUCACAUGAUGAACAGAACUCUUUAUUUGAUCCAGAAUAAUAGAAAUACCAAAUUUGAACAAAAUAUCAACAGGUCAAAGGAGGAGUAAACACAACACCGUUUAUUGAAGCUUUUACGGAGUGGGGAUGUAUCUUUCUAUUUUCUUUUUCCUCCUCUUAUGGGCUCAAGCCCUGACAUUGAAAAACUUAAAUUACUCUGUCCCGGAAGAACAGGGUCCGGGGACAGUGAUUGGGAACAUUGCCAAAGAUGCUAGACUCGGACUCGAACAAGUUGGACAGGCAGGACAGGGUAAGAAAGCCAACUUCAGGGUGCUGGAGAACUCCGCUCCGCAUCUCAUAGACGUGGACCCCCAAAGUGGACUGUUGUACACAAAGCAGCGAAUUGACAGGGAAACAUUGUGUAAGAGAAACCCCAAGUGCCAGCUCUCUAUGGAGGUUUUUGCCAAUGACAAAGAAAUCUGCAUGAUCAAAAUAGAUAUUCAGGACAUUAAUGACAACUCACCCACUUUCCCCUCUGAUCAGAUUGAUAUUGACAUUUCGGAAAACGCAGUGCCAGGGACCCGCUUUCCCCUGACCAGCGCGCAUGACCCAGAUGCAGGGGAAAACGGCCUGAAAACCUAUCAAAUAACACGCGACGACUACAAUCUCUUUUCUUUGGAGGUAAAGUCCCGUGGGGACGGAACUAAAUUCCCAGAAUUAGUUAUUCAACGACCAUUGGACCGAGAAGAACGAAGCCAUCACACCCUUAUUUUGUCAGCCACUGAUGGAGGGGAAUAUCCUAGGUCAGGUACCAUGCAGAUAAAUGUCAAAGUUAUUGAUUCUAAUGAUAACAGCCCUGUGUUUGAUCAGGCCUCAUAUGUUGUGGAAAUUCCUGAAAAUUCACCUCCUGGUAAAGUUCUGAUCGACUUAAAUGCUACUGAUCCUGAUGAGGGUAACAAUGGACAAGUAGUCUAUUCUUUUAGUGGCUAUGCCCCAGAGAGAAUCCGGGAGCUCUUCUCCAUAGAUUCAAGAACAGGGGUCAUAAAGAUUCAGGGCGAAAUUGACUACGAAGAAAGCCCAGUUAUUGAGAUUGACGUCCAGGCAAAGGAUCUAGGUCCCAAUCCAAUCCCAGGCCAUUGUAAAGUCACUGUUAAAGUGCUUGACAGGAAUGACAACUGGCCGUCUAUAGGCUUUGUGUCUGUGAGACAGGGAGCCAUCAGUGAGGCAGCACCUCCAGGCACUGUCAUUGCUCUGGUCCGUGUCACAGACAAGGAUUCAGGCAGGAAUGGGCAGCUUCAGUGUAGAGUACUGGGUAGUGUCCCUUUUAAACUUGAGGAGAACUAUGAUAACUUCUAUACAGUGGUGACAGACAGGCCCUUGGACAGAGAGGUACAGGAUGAGUACAAUGUCACUAUUGUUGCCAAAGACAAUGGAAUUCCUCCUCUUAACUCCACAAAAUCCUUCACUGUAAAGAUUCUGGAUGAGAAUGACAAUGUUCCUCGCUUUACUAAGUCAGUUUACCUUCUUCAAAUACCUGAGAACAAUAUCCCAGGGGAGUACCUAGGAUCAGUUCUGGCACAUGACCCAGACCUUGGCCAGAAUGGCACAGUGUACUACAGCAUAAUCAACUCCAAUGUGAGUGGCGGUGAUGUCAACACUUAUGUCAAUGUGAACGCUGCUAAUGGAGCAAUCUAUGCUGUGCGAUCUUUUAACUAUGAGCAAAUUAAGUAUUUUGACUUCAAGGUUCUUGCUAAAGAUGCUGGAUCUCCACACCUGGAGAGCAAUGCUACAGUGCGCAUCAGUGUUCUGGAUGUCAAUGACAACAUCCCUGUCAUAGUUCUGCCCCUACUCCUAAAUGACACGGCUGAAAUCCAUGUGCCGCGUAAUGUUGGGGUUGGCUACAUUGUCACCACAGUGAGGGCAGUGGACAAUGACUAUGGUGAGAGUGGAAGGCUCACCUAUGAGAUCUCAGAUGGCAAUGAGGAGCACCUCUUUGAGAUUGAUCCAGUCACUGGGGAGGUGCGAACAGCCCACCCAUUCUGGGAUGAUGUAAGCCCCAUUGUGGAGCUGAUCAUCCGAGUAUCGGACCACGGCAAACCAACCCUCACUGCUGCCGCCAGGCUCAUCAUCAAGGCCUCUGACGGACGUCCUCCUGAUGGACUGCCACGCACGAAGGACAAUCAGAACUGGGACAUGUCCCUGCCUCUUAUUGUAACUCUAAGCAUCAUAUCUAUCAUGCUUCUGGCUGCCAUGGUGACCAUAGCGAUCAAGUGCAAGCGGGAAAACAAGGAGAUUCGUACCUAUAAUUGUCGCAUUGCAGAAUACUCUCACCCUCAGCUGGGAAAAGGCAAGAAGAAGAAGAUUAACAAGAACGACAUCAUGCUGGUGCAAAGCGAGGUGGAAGAGCGGGAUGCCAUGAAUGUGAUGAAUGUGGUAAGCAGCCCUUCCUUGGCCACCUCUCCCAUGUACUUUGACUACCAGACACGCCUGCCACUCAGCUCACCAAGGUCAGAGGUCAUGUACCUCAAGCCCACUGCCAAUAACCUCAGCGUGCCCCAAGGCCACGUGGGAUGCCACACCAGCUUCACAGGCCCAGUCACCAGCACUACAGACACACCUACUAACCGCAUGUCCAUAAUACAGACGGACAAUUUUCCCACUGAGCCUAAUUAUAUGGGUAGCAGACAACAGUUUGUUCAAAGUAGUUCGACAUUCAAAGACCCCGAGCGAGCAAGCCUCAGAGACAGUGGUCAUGGUGACAGCGACCAGGCUGACAGCGACCAGGACACCAACAAAGGCUCCUGCUGUGAUAUGUCUGCUAAAGAAGCCCUCAAGUUGAAGGCUACAGGCGUGAAACCACCACCUUUGGAGCAAGAUGAGGAUUGUGUGAAUUGUACGGAGGAGUGCCGAGUACUGGGUCAUUCUGACCGCUGCUGGAUGCCCCAGUUCCCUGCUGGAGGAAACCAGGCAGAGGGUGUCGAUUACCGCAACAAUAUGUUUGUUCCAGCGGGGAUGGAGACUGUGCCCGAGAUGGAGACCUACGAGACUGUCAACCCCAAUGGCAAGAAGACGUUCUGUACUUUUGGAAAAGAGAGGCGUGACCACACCAUCCUGGUUGCCAAUGUUAAGCCCUACUUGAAGGCGAAACGUGCCCUCAGUCCACUGCUCCAAGAGGUACCCUCAGCUUCCAGCAGUCCUACCAAGGGCUGCUCCACCAUGUCUCCCUGCUCCUCAGUCAAAAGCCCAGCUGAUGGGGCUGAAGGCAAACCUCCUCCUGCCACCUGCUCCGGCCACUACGGACCUCCUGAUGGUCAGUACCUGUCACCAACCAAACAAACCAGAGACCAGGGGGUCUACCCACCCUUGCCUCCCUCAGACCCAGUGGCCAAGGUGCUCGCAGAGGCCCGCUCCAGGAUCAGCCAAGAGGCAACUGGUGAAAUGGAGUGUGUCCUUGAGCAGGUGGAGCCCGACGCGAACCGUGACAGAAUGGACGCUGACCAGGUGGUGAGAGACAUCGACAAAUUAUUGCAGGACUGCAGAGGAAGUGAGGCCACGGGCACACUCAGGAAGUGACACGAAGGACUGCAACAAAAAGAAGUAUGAAGGUAGAGAGAGGAAUAGAAUGCUGUUCCAAAAACUCUCACACCAAAACUGUCACCAAAACAAAUCAAAAAGGUUAAAUGGCUCUUUUGAUAGGAGCUAUUUUCACUGUAUUUGUUGUUGAAAAGUACUGACACUGGACGGACAAUGGGAGCAUUUAAUAUUUGGCACCAAUUUUGGUGCUAAGAUCCCUACCAUCAAAAAGGAACUGGGUAACAGACAUCUGAAUUCUGCUGAAUUUAUAAACUCUUUUUGUUUUGGAUUCUUAAGCAAAUUGCAGAGGCUUAUGCCUCUGGCACCUCGCAAGCUAUUAUCUAAGUGCCCACCAGCUCAUAAGUGUGUUGUUCAUGGUCUCUCGUGAAAUCCUACAUAUCUAAGUGUGUGUAGGUGGAUUUCUGUUAUGUGUGAUGGCCAUAGAGACUGAAUGGAAAAGGACUAUUUAUGGUCAGACACGACAAUCGAUGUGGAAGCAGAGAAACAAAUUUUAAUCUAUUUGGGACAGUGACAGAUUGAAAUACACAAAACAACCUUAUCUUUUCUGACUUUAAUAUAGGUGUUUAAUGUGUGAUGGAUCCUGUAUCUGAACAUGAAGAGAUUGGUUAAUCAGGGGUGUUCGCAGGUGUUGGUUAUGGACUUGGGGUUGGAGGGCUUAAAUGCUACGCUGAAGGAGAAUUAUUAACAGUGUAACCAUGUUUCACCUGUCAUUUGUAGCCACAUGUGUAAGUUGUGUCUGUCUCACGCCUCUAUUUAAACAUUCAUGUUGCUGGCCAGUGUAGUCGCACGCACCAAUUUUACACAUGUGCACUACACUUUGCACAUACACAUGCUGACACACUCACAUGCACUGAUGCUCCUACACACAUGCAAACACACACAAACACACUUAUGCUUACACACAACUGGCCAUCUGUGUAAUUGUCUUAUACAUGAACAUCAUCAGCUUUCAGUCCCUUGUGUACAGUGAAUUAUCAUGUGCGUGACUAUGCCUUAAGGCAAUCACAAGUUGUAUAAAAAGGGACAUUUUUCCUCAACUGUGAAAAGAUGAUAUCUAUAUGAUUAUAUAGAUGAUUAUAUGUAUGAAUCCAUGUAUAGUGUCCAAAUAUUAACAAAAUAUUUAUACAUUUUAUAAGAAAAAAAGAAAUGAGGAAUCUCAGUAAAAAAGUGUCCUCGAGUUAUGGUCAAAAGCGGGGUAUUAACUCAAAGAACUGCAAAGGACACUGCCAUUGUUUUUCGAAAACAAAUAUCCAAAAAUAUAAACAAACAAGAAAAUGUCCCUUCACAUUAUCACUAUACAUAAUAUCAUUAUAUGUGUAAGUGUAUCCAAUUUAGAUGUGUUUACAUCAAAAAAUUGACAUAUUUUUAUUGAUUUUACUGCAAUUUCUGUGCAUUUGAGCCAAAUUGUUAUGUGUACAAAAGCUAUAUUGUGUAUUUUAUUAAAUUAAUAUAUAGUUGUGUUGCAAUAUACAUGGGCUUAUAUUGUAUUUGGCAAAAGUUGCCUUAGUAGCUGUCGAACUCUGUGAGUUUGCUUUAGUUUGGGUUUUUGUUGGUGUUUUUUUUUCCUCUCUAUUCUGCAUCUUUGCAGGCUGGCUUCAGUGCUUUUGAGAUGUCGCCUCUUUUUACCCUGAGAUCCAGCUGGAUCAAAUACAAUAACUGUUGAAAGCUUAAUGAGCCAGCUGAUCUAGAAUACAAUUCAAACCAACAACAAAAAGCAACAACCACAAGAUAACAGUUUGAAUAUUUUUACUGAGCAGAUUUUUACAGGGCAGCUAUUUUCUUUAACAAUGACUAGUAUGCGUAUCUUGUGUUCAUUAUGUUUUUACUUUCUUUCCAAAAAAGAAACCUGCCAUAUGGAAAGUGGAGUGGUUUCCUUGGUGAUCAUAAAACUGCCUUACUGUCUCUGCGGAGAGCUUAUUGUAUCUGUGGAGCUUGUGACUGCUUAUAAAGCCCUGGUCCACCAGAAUGUGCAUUUUCUAUAAAGGACCAAAAGAGGUUCUUUUUCAGCAGUCUGUGUUGUUUAUGUAUGUACUCCUUCUCUAUACAUGUUAGAAUUCUCAUACUUUGCAGAGAAACUUGACAUCUGAAAUUCUAUCUGAAGUUACUUUGGAUUUGAUGUCUUAGCUGUUUAGGUACACGGUUUAUAUAACCAAGUGUCUUCACAUUCAGGCUUUCUUAAAAAAAGAAUGAUACAGACAUUUAUUUUUGAAAAUUUUGGCACAUUUCGGCCACUCUCUGAAAUAAGAAUGGGAGGUGCUUUUUCUAAUAUUCUCUGACAGUAAAAUAAGCAGAACAGUAGGCUAUUAGACUAGAUGUGUUCUGGAAAAUACUACCACAAUCACCAAAUCUAUGUAAGAUGCAGCCAUGAGAGGGAACAGUGACUUACAUUCAUAUGGCUCCAGGUUGUUUAAUAUAAAAUGUAUCCGAGCUGAGUUGGAAUCUUGACAGCAGAUAUAACGCAUCCUACAGACAUGUCACAUCUGAGUGUUUUGGUAUUUCUGUUCUUGUUUCUUUUUCUUAAUCGAGGUACAUGUUUGGACAUUCUCCUGUCAUUCUGCCAUUCUGCUGUAUCUUUUGCCUGCUUGAUAUCUUUUUUUAUUUCACUAUUCAUUUGCUUACUUUUCUCUUCCUCAGCUGUUUGCUUUCUCGCCUCUGAGGAGCGAAGUAACUGUUAGCUUUUCUCCCCUCUUUCGUCUGUAAAGUAUUUGGUUACGGUUUACCCUUGCUCUUUUCCUGGGAGAUGGCAGAGGCUGUUUUUAGAGAGAGCUUGGAAGAUUUGAUGCAGGUGGAAAAUAUUUAUGGUUAUUUUUAAAUGAUACUUUUUGUCAUCUCUCACAAAUAUCUGGAUAAAUCAAGCAAGCCUGACAUUCACAUCAUACAAACAGCACAAACAGUUAAAAUGCUGUUCAAAGUGCACUCUGCAACUGUGAUCCUAACAAAAAUGCUGUUUUUCACACACCCAGACACACACAAACACACACAAACACCCAGGCACUUCAGCAGCACACUGCCUUUCAUUUAAAUGCGUAGUCCCUUAAAGGUAAAGGGGAGGCUGAAAGAGGGGGCAAAACACUACCCAGACAAAUGUGUCACUUCCACACUUGUCUUCAUGCUUUAUUUUCUUUUUAUCUCAUUGUGCUCAGUCUUCAUGCUGGAUCAAGCAGUUUGUACUAGCAGUGUGUGUGUGUGUGUGUGUGUGUGUGUGUGUGUGUGUGUGCGUGUAUGUGUGUGCAUGUCCUUGAUUCGCUUUCACGCCCUCAUUGUUUGACAAAACAAUUCCUUUCUUCUAAUUUAAUUUAUGUUACCUGUGUACUAUAGAUUUAAUUCCAACUCACAUUAAACCUCUAUUGCUGUGGUCUCUCUUUACUUUGGGCAUUAAUUAAAACAAAGUGCAGAGGUCACCCCAGGAUUCUUUUUCUCAGUUUGGCUGCCACAAACAGUCAGUGUCACAGUUCAGGCACACUUAAAGUGCUGUCCCCUCUAAUGGUGUUGCCCUGGUCUAGCCACUUUAUGUACACUCUCAUACUGUGGGCAGGAAAUGAGCUGGGUCCAGUGGAUGGAAGGUACUCUUUUAAAGCCAUGCCCCCUCUCUCAGGCUAUUUGCUGUCUAAUAGAGCUGAGGCUGCUGCUGCUGAGGUCAACACAGUUGGAGAUUGAGCAUAAUGUAAGGCCUCUCAUUAUUGUCUAAUUAUACACUGUUGGCAUCAUACACUGUUGGCAGUGCAUUAUUCAAAUCUAGAGUGGGUUAUUUUGCCCACUUGAGAUUGUUGGUUUUACCAAGUGAUUAGGACAGGGUCUUGUUGAAUGUGGCUAACCGCCUCUGGUCUCUGACUCACACUGACGCAGGUGCACACAGACUCAAGACAACCACUGCUUCACACACAUAGAGACAACAUGCCAUUUUGGUUAGUUAAAACAAGCACCCAAUGUUUGUCAGUGUCGUCCCCUCACCCCCAAGCCCACACUGAUAGCAUAGGGCUCCACGCUACAAUGGGCAACUGGUGAAAAGACCAGAGACAUUCAUUUGUAUGGAUUAUUUCAACUGCUAUUGUCUAAAAGCUGUGUUCAUUGUGAUCUAUCUGAAAAAAAAAGAUGAAAAGAUCAAAUAAAAAAGCAAUUACUAAUAA